AUGUCUUUUGAAUCCUUCGAAGCUCGAGUAAAGGAGUGCUAUGCGGAGGACAAUCCAGCAAAGGGAAAUGAUCUGAAGCCUCUGUAUGGAGCUCUCUUUCAGGAUGAGCUUGUUCCAUUUUCACACUGGGGCUGGACGGAUCUUGACAUGGUUUGGGGAAGGCUGGAUGAAUUUCUCACUCCUCAACUCCUGGCAGAGUAUGAUGUGAUAUCAGCUCCUGAUGGUGCUAGGCCAGCAUUGUACUUGUCAGGUCAACUUACGGUUUUUCAGAACACUGGAGUGUGGCGUCGAUUUCUUGAUGGCUGCCUACAAGGUGAAGGCCAUGUGAACUAUGGAGGCUGCUACGUGGAAGGGCUUCUGUCUGAGGCCAACCUCUUCUUCGACGAGAAGCUUGCCAUAUGGUAUGCGGCUCUGAGGAAAGCACGAAUCUAUAUAGAUUUCAGCUGGUUGCUUAUUGAGCCAAGAUGGGCCCGGCUGUCUGGUCGAGGGCCGCAGAAGCUGACCCGUGAGCGCGGCAGGCUGCUUGUGCACGGUAGUCAAGGGUUGCCAUUUGCGGACAUGGAGCGCUGGAACAUGGAAGUGCACAGGCUGCAGAACACUUCAGACUGCUACACUGAGUUCGGACCUGGUUGGAGCUUUGUGUGCAUUCCAUCUGAGGCCGGCGAUUCGUUUGGCGCAGCAUAUGAAAUUGGCGAAAGUUUGAUGCUAUGGCCCUCACCGCCUCACUUACUGGGUGACCGAGUGGAGUUUGCAGCUCUGCAUUUGCAUCGUAGCAAGCAAGGCUUCCAAUGGGAGUCUUGCCCCACAACGGCGGUUUGCAACAAAGAGCAUCAGUCUGCAAUUAUCGGGUGCACCUGUGGCUCUACUGCUCCCAGCAUUUCCUGGAGUGUCCCGAUUCCAAAUAUUGUCCACUUGGUUUUAACAGAUCGUGACACACGCUUCUUCGACUGGCCGUGUUAUGCAGCUGUCCGUAGUGCACGGGAGAAGCUGCAGCCUGAGAAGCUACUCGUUCAUGUGCUGGACGGAGUGGAACCCAGCACUUUCAAUGAUUGGUGGCAGGCGGCCAAGGCUUUCAUUAGUGAUGUAGUCCCAUUCCCGCGCUCAGCAGUGCCCAACUCCCUGAAUGGACUUCGGCUCAGCCAUCCUGCUUUUAUAGCUGACUUCAUACGCAUCAAGAUUCUGCAUGAUUGGGGUGGUAUAUACAUGGACGCUGACGCUUUAUCUUUGCGGGGGUUCGAGGAGCUAAGACGAUGGAGGGCAGUACUGGCCAGACAGGGUGGCGAAGAGCUGCGUGCCACAGUUGGGCUGAUGAUGUUUGAGAAAGGCUCACCCUUGUUGCCAACCUUGCUUGAUCGCAUGAAGCGGGCUUACACUGGAUCCUGGGGGAUACAUGCUGGGCAUGUGCUGGACGACAUGCUGGCCAGCACGCGGCCACCAGGAGUUGCAAUUCUUGCUCAUAGCAGUGGCUUCUUUGCAUCCUCCUGGCAUGCAUCGGACUUUGUGGAAUUGAUGGAAGAGUCUGGCACCAUCGAUUGGAGACGCUGCUGGUCCCUACAUCUUUACAACUCUCAAACCAAGCGAUUUACCAAAGAUCCCGUGGAGCUUUGUAGAGACUCCCCCUCGUAUCGAUCUGGCGAUCUAUGCGCUGGGCUUCGCAUGGCUAUUGACAUGGACAGCAUCUACAGCAUGGUUGGUAGCGGAUAUCCUGUCAUGAACAGCAGGAUAGAAGAAGCUUUUCGCAAGAGGGCCGAAGAGCAGACAGUUCUUUUUGAGAGCCCAGUAUCUCAUUCUCUCGAUAUUCAACGUGAGGUUGACCGUGGCGAGCUGUGA